AAAUUAUAGGUUUACAACGCUACUAGUAAAAGGGUGGGGCGUAACUAAAAUAGACUAAAAUUUCUGUUUGUACGAAUUAGUACAACUGUGGUUGCUCUCUCUUAUUCAUAAAAUUGUAUUAUUAGUUGCAAUUUUAUAAAAACAGUUUUAAUAUAUUAAAAGUUACAAAAAUGUGUACAAUUAAGUUGUAAAAGAUAUAUUUGUGUUCACUGAAGAAUUAAUUAUGAGCAUAGUUUUUUCUAGUACGGAUGGUUGGAUUAUUUCCCAUUUAGAAUAUCUUAAUAAUGUUUAUAAAAGUGUUACCACAAAAACUGGAUUACAUUCUCUGACAUUUAAUAAUAUGUUAUUUGAAAUUAAUUCGCAAUAUUUGAGACAAAAUCAGAUAGCUCGUUCUAUGCAAGAUGAAACAAAUCCUUUACCAAAUAAAACUAGGAAACGAAAACGAAAUAAACUUCUUCCGCAGGACCAUUUAGACGAAAUAAGUUUUAUCCAGCAAGCAUUCAACAAAUUGAUAUCCUCUGCCAAAUUAAAUGGAUUAUUCUGUGAUAAUAUUCUAAUUGAUAAUAAUGAAGCAGCACGUUCGACAUCAGAGAAAGUUUACUCUGACACUUUUCAUCAAAGAUUAGAAAACUUACACGGUUAUAAUAAUUCUGAUGUAGCCAUUAUAUGGGAGGCACAGUAUAAGAAAUAUGUAUUUCCAAAAAAGUGUAGCUUUUAUUGUUAUGAUGUAAGAAACAUGAUGCAGAAGAUGGAGCUGAACAAUCAGUAUGAUUUUGUACUAUUGGAUCCUCCAUGGUGGAACAAGUCCAUAAGAAGAAAAAAGAGCAAAUCUGUAGAAGCUAGCUACCAAAUGAUGUACAAUGAAGAAUUAGUCAAGAUACCAGUUGGAAAAUUAUUAUGUUCAAGCGGUAUUGUAGCAAUUUGGUGUACUAACGCGCCAAGUCAUUUACAUAGUAUUUUUAAUGAAAUAUUUCCUUCAUGGGGAGUUACAUACAAAGCAAAAUGGUAUUGGGUCAAAAACUUCAAAAAAUUCCAGGUAACUCAAAUGGGUAAUACAAUUUGUAAUUUUACUUCUACACCUGGAAAGCAGCCUUAUGAGUUAAUAAUAUUAGGAUGUGCAUCUGAUGUUAAUGUUAAUAUUCCUGAUAGUAAAUUAAUUAUCAGUGUACCAAGUGCUGUACAUUCACAUAAACCACCUCUUAUAGAAGUUAUAAAAGAAUAUUUGCCUAGCGAACCAAAGUGUUUAGAACUGUUUGCUAGAUAUUUAUUGCCCGGAUGGACAAGUUGGGGAUUAGAAGUAUUAAAAUUUCAAGAUCUGUCUCUAUAUACAAUUUUAGAACAUGUUAAAAAUAAUAAAGAUGCCACAGAAAGUGUAGACUGAAGUAGUUGACAGUUAUAACAAAAUGUAUUAACUGUAAUUAUUAUUGUAACUACUAGCUAUUUAUGCAAUUAAACAAAUGUGAUAUAAACUUUUAUUAUAUAUAAAUUAUUUAUUUCUGAA